CCGGUGGCCUUCCCUCGUCCAUCCCACUCCCAUCCUACCCCCAACAAUAAUCACGCAGAACUCCUCCAAGGCCAAUACAAUCGUAAAUGUCAGAUUCAACCACGGUGAAGCUUCCGACUCGUGCUUACCAGGCAUGUGUUCGCUGCCGCCGUCGGAAGGCCCGCUGCAUAGUGCCUGAGGCGGCUUCGGGAUCCCGCACGGCGUGUCUCCGCUGCACGCGGGAACGAAAGGAAUGUGUCUUCACAGCAGAACGCUCUCGAAAACGAUCAGCCUAUUCCCCUCAGCAUCCAAAUCAGGCCCGCAUUCAUAUAGCCAAUGCGGCGGAGUCCAGUCAUUUUGGAGCUGCAGACAGCCAUCUGAAUGUAGAACAGCCGCCUUGCUCCCAAUCAUCGCCCACAGCCACUCCUCCCAGGAGCGAGACAAACCGGCGAGAAGCGCCUUCGAUAUCAAGUCAGCUACAGACUGAAUCCCCUGCUACCGAAUUAUUAGAUCGUGUUACGCACACGGUGCUCUACAACCAAACUGAUGCUCUGAACUUGCUGUUUGAGGCCGCCGAAGCCCAUCACAGCAACGAUGGAUCUGCCCGACGCAUAAGGUCGGAGAUCGACGGCUCGGAUGCUUAUCGCAGCUCGAUGUCAGAGCAACAAGGCGGCCUUCUUUCUGCUAGCUCUACUUCUCAGAGAGUAUUCCAAACUUUUCCCGUGGCACAACCUUCCGACGCCGCUGUAAGAGCAUUUGGUAAGUUGAAGUUUGUUAGGAAAAGGUGGCUCACGGCGCAGGAAGCUAUCACAUAUGUUGAACUAUUUUUCAAAAAUUUGGGCCCUCUUUCGCCGGCGACCAACAAUUUCUACCGCCAUCCAUCAAAUUACCACCUGUUGGUCAAACAAGAGCCUGUCCUGUGUACAGUAAUUCUUACUCUUUCCACCCGAUAUCAUGUCUUGGAUGUAGAAGGGUGGCUGUCGCGCAGUUAUUUCCUUCAUAACCGCCUUUGGAGAUACAGCCAGUCUCUGUUGCAACAGGUGAUUUGGGGCCAGGAGAAAGGGAUUAAGAGCGCGACGCGUGGACUAGGCACCAUAGAGGGCCUUCUUUUACUGGUCGACUGGCAUGCGCGCUCCCUGCAUAUGCCACCGGAUAUAGAGGCGUGGGAUUCCGACGAUGAUGAGGCCCAGGAUAAUGAAUCCGACAGACCCUCAAAAAUCCCUAGCCGGUGGUUGGAAGGGGUAGUGGAGCCGAUGAGACGGUCAGGCAGAAUGUCAUGGUCUCUUGCCCAGUCCGCUGUCAGCAUUGGACAGGAGUUACAAGUUUUCGAUGAAGAUAAAGAUGGCUCAGGAUCGGAUUCUGCUGGUUGCCCUGGGACCAUUGAAGAGUUUACCAUUCAAAGACGUCGUCGUAUACGGAUUCUGCUAUACAUGUAUACCAACCAGCUAGCUUUUAGGAUUGGACUUGCACCACUCAUUCCCCAAUCGCUUCUCUCUAUUCCUACCAAUUCCUUUAAAAAAUCGACUACCGACUACGACCGUGAAUGGUUCCAAUUGAUGUCCCUCUCGGUAGACCUGUCGAGACUAAUGAGGACAUCGUCAGACCUUCUUUUUUCAUCUCAAAGUGCAACCCAGAAAUUGGUUUCAAAUGGUAGAUAUCAGCAGAUUUUAGAACACUUCAAGCCGAUGCUAGACAGCUGGUGGGGAAAGUAUGAACAAAUACUCGUCGAAGAUCCUCUCAAAGACCUCUUCUUAAUAGACUUUUUAUAUGCUAAAAUAUACCUGUACUCUUUCUCUUUACAGGCGGUUGCGGAGAAAAUUCAGAAUUAUCAAAGUAUACCAGGUCUUCCUGAUGUACUUUUAUUCGCUGUUCCUGAUGUCAAUGCAAAGGAUUGUGAGUUCAUCCAGUAUGUCAUUGAUAGCGCAAAAGAGGUUUUGCGUAUAAUCAUAGGGUUUGCGCCGAUGGGAAGAUUAAAAUUUCUCCCUGUCCGCGUAUAUAUUCGUGUUAUCUCUACAUGCAUUUUCCUACUAAAGGCACUUGCGCUUGGCGUCCCUCUAGAUGAACUGAACGCCUCGCUUGACCUGAUCGACCAGAGUGCGCGAGUUCUCCGUUUACACAGUGUUGAUGAUGUUCAUCUUGCCGGGGUUUUUGCAUCUCUCCUAGAGACUUAUACCCAAGGCUUUAGAGAGAGAUUUAUUAUCAUUCCUCAAGUGUCCAGAUCAGAUGGGUCUAUACUUGGAAGUAGUAACUCUAAUCCGCAAGCUGCCUCACUAGGGGUUGGCUUUUUUUCUAAUUUGGAAGAGUCGGGCCGCAAUCAUGGUGAAGAUGCUCCAAUGCAGCCAGAUACCUCCCUCGAAAUCGACCAGAGCUGGCUGGCACACCCAUUUGAUCCAUCAAUUGCGCCAUUUGGCGUUGGUUUCACCCAGCCGAUUUGUGGUUUCGAUAACGAGCUAAAUUUUGUAUGGAAUGCCGGUCAAUGAAACCUGUCAGGCUAUUUAUAACUUGCAAGCUAUUAAUCCCAAUUUCGAUCGGGCAAUCUAGUCAUCUA